AUGGAGGACGACGACGAGAAGCUCUUUCAGUGCUUCGAGUGCGCAGACGGCGUGCAGAUUUUUGCCACCGAGGAAGCCCUUAUCACGCACAAAUGGGACAUGAUCCGGACCACGAAGCGCAAGUCGCACAUGUCCUGCCAUGUCUGCAAGCUGGACCACCGCACGUUUGAGGGCCUGGUCCGCCACUACCAGCUGAACCACCCGGUGAAGCAGCAGCUGCACUGUCCCGGAUGCCGCGCCCUCUUCACCCGGCUGCACGCGCUCAUGCACCAUCUCGACAACGACGAUUGCCCGCACAUUCGGGCGAGCCGUGUCAAGGAAAGCCGUGCUCUGCAAGUGCAGGCCACCAAUCUUCUGGCAAGUGCGGCGGCCCAGGCCGCCCUCGACGGUGGCGGCGGCUCGGUGCGCGACGACGGUGGUUUCAACGUCAAUGCAGAGUCCGCCGUCGACGGCGUCGUCGCCCCCGACGCGGUGGCGAGCCGGGAGACGCAGCUCGGCAUCUUCAACCACAGCGGCGUGACCGUCGGCGACUUUGGCACCUUCAUCAACAUUGACCCCCGCGAGGCCGCCGCCGUCGCGGCUGAGUCGAAGCUCGAGACCGUGCGCACGACGACGGCGAGCGGCAUUCGCGGCAAUCUCGUGAACCGAAGCGAGAACAACGGCCAUGCGGUCCCGCCCACGUCGGCGUUGGCCUCGGAGGCGCUGCUUCUCAAGCGGCAGCGCAACAUGGGCGUCGGCGGCAUCCUGGACCGGAAGGGCAAAGGCAAGGGGAAAGCCAAGGCGGACAAGGACGAGGACGAAAACGAGGACGCGGUCGCGGAUGCGGACGCGGAUGGGCUGGCUGUUGGCGCUGGAGCGGACAUGGACAGGCUCAAGCACCGCCAAGUGGUUCGUGACUUCCGCCACGGUGACUCCAAGGCGCCCGAUCUGCUGACGGACGACCAUCUCAACGCCGUCCACCAGCGUUUUCAGGGCCUGAGCGUUUGGGCGGGCCAGACCAUGCUCAAGCCCGAGGCCGCUACGCACCACGGCCAUGGCAGUGACGGCCCCGGCGGCCACCCUGCACCAGCAACCAAGCCGGCGCCGCGUGGCACACCCGCCAAUCCAGGCCCGGCCCUGGGUGCCGGCCUUGCCAACCUCGCCAACCUUGCUGGCAUCGCCGGUCUCUCGAGCCGGAGCAACCCCGAUGAAGUCAAGGCGGCGGUCGCUUCGUGGCGGGCCGCUGCCCGCGCUGGCAUGGGCGCGCGCGACCUUGGCGGCGGCGACGGCGGCGACAUCCUCGCCCACGCCAUGGACAACACCUCGCCCCGCACGAUGGGCAUCACCAUCCACCACCCGGACCACCCCAACUUCAGCGUCUACCGCUACGAGAACAAGGCCAACCGCCGCUUCAAUUGCCCGUACCCCAGCUGCCAGAGCGUGGGAAAGCUGUUCAAGACCGCCGGCGGGCUCAUUGGCCACCUGCGCUCCGAGACCGCGCACUCCAAGGUGCGCGUCCAGUGCCCGUCGUGCUUCGUCCUCUUUGAGACGGUCAAUGCCCUCAUGCAGCACUGCGAGUCGCAGUCGAGCCGCUGCCAGUUCCGCGAGUCGGACGACUACAUUCCCUUCCUCAACAUUCUGAGCGCCGGCGCCGCCGAGAUCCACGGACGCAACGUGGACAUGACGCUGUCCUACGAUGUGCAGGAGGGCGCGGCGCGGAUGCUGCUCAUGGACGACGGCCAGGACACCGAGUCGCAGGCGGACUCGCAGGUGUACUCGCAGGCGUAG